AUGGAUGAGCUUACAAGCUCGUGUCUAAACUAUUUCGACGAAUAUGUGAUGAAUGAAAUCCCAAUCCGCCUUAUCCGCCUGUCAGACAUGAAGUUUGUCGGCCGUAUUGAUGUGAAGAAGCUUUUCCGGAGCUCUGUGUAUUCAAGUCUGGAAUAUAGUCCCUCCAACCAUAUCCGGUACGCUAUGCUGUCUCACCGAUGGCUGGAUGAGGGAGAACCCACAUAUGAAGAGAUGAAGACAGGUACAGCGGCGGGCCCAGGGUACGAGAAGCUGCAGGCAUUCUGUCAAGAGGCAGAGGAGUACGGCGUGGAAUUUGCGUGGUCAGAUACCUGUUGCAUUGACAAUAGCAGCAGUACCGAGCUCGACGAGUCAAUUCGGUCCAUGUUUCGGUGGUACAAAACUCGGCUAUUUGACGAAUGGACUGAAAGGGGAUGGACACUGCAAGAACUCCUUGCGCCUCGUAAUAUCAAGUUCUUCAACGCGCGUUGGAUGCCCAUGACGGAUGAUGCAAAUGACAAGGAACCCGACGAGUCACCCUACUUACUAAGGGCUCUGGAGGAAGCCACUGGCAUCCCUCAUGAUGUCCUCACGUCGGACCUUAUACCAAGUCUUGUGAGGGUAGAUGAACGGAUGGCGUGGGCAGCCGGACGCCAAACAACAAGGGUUGAAGACGCGGCCUAUUCCCUAAUGGGCAUUUUUAACGUGAGCCUGCGGAUUGCAUAUGGUGAAGGAAGAAUGCGCGCAUUCUGCAGGCUCAUUGAAGCCAUCACGCGCGUUGGUGACCCCUCUGUCCUCAACUGGACCCCCUCCGUCUCCGACAAUCUAGACCACAUGUCCAUGGAGCACUACAGUGGCUCUCGUGCUAUUCCUGCAUGUCCAGCGAAUUUCAAGGACUGUCGAAGUCGACAGUUCGAUUUCGAUCGGCCUCUGGAAAUGACCAUGACCAGCCUCGGCUUGCGAAUGCCUGUAGUAAUCCUCCCUCUCAUCCUCCAUUCGAUUUCAAAAGUGACUUUCCAAACCCAACUCACGCUUAGGUGUCCGUUCUGUCCAACCAUUGAAUUUACAAUUAUCGAUUCCUCUAACCCCAGAGGGUGUCAAUAUGCAUUCGGGAUAGUCAACUAUUCAAUUAUUGGCGGUGGGAUACGCGAGGUCCUAGGGAUCCGAGGCAGGUCCGCUGGUGUGGUCCUAUUCCGACGGCCCGAAUCCUUACCCAGAUAUCAACCUCCCAACGAUAUCAUUGGGCUAAACUUCGCCUCCCCCCCCCAAACCAACACUCUCUGAUUGGAAAUUAGUAAACCAUUAUCACGACGGUGGGCGAUUGACCGUGGUCGACUUCCCGAACAGACCGAGUGACUCCCAUUUCUACAUUGGUCGUGAAUACCUACAAACUGUCUACCUAUAGCUUUGGCUUCGCUUACUCACAAACUAUACUUACAUCUACUGGUGCCAGUUUCUUCUUGAGACACCCCUUCCCACAUAAUCCAC